AUGGCGACCGAGAAGUACAUGCAAGAUGUUGAACAAGACUCAGAGCUUGCAAGCCCUAAUGUCGUCGACGAGGCUUUGAAUGCGCGUGAAAAGGCCUUGAUCUGGAAACAAGAUCUACGCAUCAUUCCUUUGUGCGCUGCCAUUUACUUGCUCUGUUACCUCGAUCGCUCGAAUAUCGGAAACGCCAAGAUUUUGAAUGCAGAUACGCAAAAUGAUCUUCUCACGGAAACCAAUAUGACUUCAUAUCAAUAUACUAUCGCACUCAUGGUAUUCCUGAUUGCGUAUGCACUAUUCGAAGUCCCAUCAAACUACUUCUUGAAGAAGCUCCGCCCUAGUCGCUGGAUCGCUUUCCUUAUGAUCUCCUGGGGCGCGACAACCAUGGGCCUUGGAGGUGUCCACAACUACGCCCAAGUAACAGGACUUCGGUUCCUUCUCGGUGUAAUGGAAGCCGGUCUGUUCCCUGGUUUCGUCUACUACCUCACCUUCUGGUACCGGAAUUCGGAGCGAUCGAUUCGCGUAGCCCUGAUUCUUGCAUCGGCAACAUUGGCUGGCGCAUUUGGUGGUGCUAUUGCCUUUGCUGUAGGACACAUGAACGGCGCAAACGGUCUCUCCGCUUGGAGAUGGUUGUUUAUCAUCGAGGGAGCUCCGUCGUGCGCCUCUGCUGUCUUGGUCUGGUUCUUGUUGCCGGAUUACCCAGAGACUGCUAGGUGGCUUACUGCCGAGGAGAAAGAACUCGCUGCGCAAAGACUGGCCGUGGAGGGCUCUAAGGGCUCUGCAAACGCUAUGUCGUGGAAAGAUGCCAAGGAAACACUAACGGAUUGGAGAUUGUAUGCUCACUACGCGGUAUAUUUCGGUAUUUCGACACCAUUCUCCAGUCUUUCUCUUUUCACGCCUGCCAUCACUGCUGGUCUGGGAUACGCCAAUCUGCAGGCCCAGUUGAUGACUGUGCCUCCAUACGCGGUAGCCUAUGUAGUAACAGUAGCCGCUGCCUGGUCUGCAGACCAUUUCAACAGCCGCGGUCUCCAUUCCGCCAUAUUCUCUUUCAUCGGAGCGAUGGGUUUCCUCGCAUCCGCCGUUCUCCCGCCUACUGCCUACUUAAGCCGUUAUGGAUGUCUUAUAGUUGCCGCCAGCGGCUCCUUCGCCUGUAUCCCCCCUCUACUGGGCUGGCUCUCCUCCAACAUCCGCUCAACAGCAGGCGCAGGUCUCGCAAUCGCUCUCAACGUAUCAUUCGGCGCACCGGGCCAAAUCGUCGGCGUCUGGAUCUACAAGAGCAACGAGGCAAAGGCCGGAUAUCCCACUGGCCAUUGGACAAAUGCCGCAUUGCUUCUAUUCGUGACAGCCGGCUGUAUUCUACUGAGACUCUACUACGGAUGGCGGAAUCGCCGCGGAGAUGGAGCAAGAGAUGGAAAGAGUUUCGCAUAUUAG